AUGGCAGUCUUGUCUGUACUCGCGCUCGCUCUCCUGUCUACCGGGGCCGCAGCUAAAGUCUGCACUAAUGUCACUGUCCCGGUCGAUAUCAACGCCCGCCAAGGUGUCUUUGAUGUCCCCGUUCUGCAGGGCAACCUGGAUGCGACGACAUUCGCACAGAACUUCACCAACAUUGGACGAAAUUUCACAGACGAUGCUCUGGUAGACUACCAGACAGUAACUGGUCGCUACAACAUCAGUGCCAAAUUCUGUCGUCCAGAUCAAGAAAAUGGCACCAACCCCACCGUGCAGGUCUUGACUCACGGCAUUGGCUUCGACAAGAGUUACUGGGACAUCCCCUUUAAUGCGUACAACUACAGCUACAUCGACGUCGCCGUUGACGACUACGGCUUCAGUACUGUUAGCAUUGAUCGAUUCGGCAUUGGGAAUUCUUCGAAGGGAGAUCCCCUCAACCUCAUCCAGGCGCCAGCCGAGGUCUCCGCCCUUUAUGAGAUCACCAAGAUGUUGCGUGCUGGCACCUUCCCAACCGUCGACACUGCGUUCAAGAAGAUUGUGCAUGUCGGCCACUCCUUCGGAUCUGUCCAAAGCUACCUCCUCUCUGCUCUGGAUCCCACCGCUACAGACGGACUUGUUCUGACAGGCUGGUCGUUGAAUGCUACUUGGCUACCGCUUACCCUCGCAGACUGGAACGUUCACCUCGCUCGUCUCAACCAACCGCUUCGCUUUGGGAACAUAAGUACCUCCGCCGUACAGCAGGCGUACUCAUACUUGGACAGUUUCGGCGCUGGCAAUACCGAUCUUGUCGAGAUACUCGAUCGCGCGCUCGCUCUCGUCGGCAUAGACAUCAGUCGUCAAGACAUCUGGGAGGAGCUGGCGACAACAGAAGUCGGCGAUAUCGUCAAUGGCGUAAACGAAACCGUCACACCGAUCCCGCAGGACUUGCCCACCGGCUACCUGACCUGGGUCGAUUUCACCGCCAACCAGUUCGCCUUUCUCCUCCCUGGUUUCUAUGAUCUCGCUCUCGGUCUCUUCAGCGAGCGGACGAAGCAGCCGGUCACCUUGGGCGAAAUCUUCACGCUCGGGAAUGGUGCGCCCCCUACUACGCCCUUCUCCGGGCCAGUCCAGAUUGUCACGGGUCGGCAGGAUGUGAUAUACUGCGGUGGUGACUGUUUGGCGACCGGUGGUGUGGCAGAGAGCAUUCCCGCGAUGGCACAGAUGGCAUUCCCUAACGCCAGCGCGUUCGAAGCAUACAUACAACCCAACACCGGCCAUGGAAUCAAUGCCCAUUACAAUUCGACUGGCGCAUAUCACGUCAUUCAGCAGUGGCUUCUUAGUCAAGGGCUUGGAAGCUCAUAG